AUGCGUUUGGUACUGAUAGUGAUCUACCUGAUACUGAUCAUGCCAAUCACCGGCCUGUGGAGAGCCGAAGGUAGCAACGUGCUGCUCGAUCCAGACCGGGUUUGCGACAACAAGCACCGGAAGUCGCGGCGGCUCACAGGAAAGCUGGCCGAAAUAUGCAAGAACGACACGUCGCUGAUGCGCGAGAUCCACCGGGGCAUCAGCUUGGGCUUUCGGGAAUGCGAGAACCAAUUUCGGCACAACAUGUGGAACUGCUCCUGGACCAUCAAACGCAGCAUGCGCCGCAUACUGGCCAAAGAUACCCGCGAGACGGCGUUCGUGCAGGCGAUCACAGCCGCCGGGAUCACGUACGCGGUGACGAAAGCCUGCACGAUGGGUGACCUGCUGGAGUGUUCCUGCCAGAAGCACCACAAAUCCAAGCCCGACGAUGGGCGACGUGGUGGGAGGGGUGGUUUCCGGCCUGCGGGAGGAAAUCGCCGAACGCGCCCAGGAGCCCUGGUGCCCAAUGGAAACCCUAACGGCAUCCGGCUCGCGCCCUAUCAGCCAAACGUCAACGCGAACCCAGCCUACAGCACGGUGACAGGCGCAGAGAUUGCGAGGGCUCCUGGGCGGGCUCAGGGUGGAUCGGGACGUCGGGCGGGAGGUCGUGGUGCGGCAAAGGGCGCACCGGGUGGUGGUCGGCCUAAGGAGCUUCCCACGCUCACGAUACCCGCGGGUCAAGAGGAUAAGUGGAAAUGGGACGGAUGCGACGAUAACGUGUAUUUUGGGGUGCGCAAAUCGAAGGACUUUUUGGAUGCACGGUUGCGCAAAAAGAGUGACAUUAAGACGCUGGUCCGGCUGCACAACAACGACGCAGGACGAUUGGCCGUCAAACAGUUCAUGCGGAUGGAGUGCAAGUGUCACGGGCUUUCAGGAUCCUGCACUACCAAGACGUGCUGGAUGCGGUUGCCACCAUUCUCGGAGGUAGGUGCCCGGCUAAAGGAGCACUUUGAUGGAGCAACGAAGGUGAUCGCACGCAACGAUGGCUACAGCUUCAUGCCAGACGACGUCACGAUCAAGCUGCCAACGCGACGCGAUCUCGUAUACACCGAGGAUUCGGAGGAUUUUUGUGAACCGAACGCAAAGACCGGCUCGCUGGGAACACACGGGCGCGAGUGCAACAUCACGUCCAGUGGCGUCGACGGGUGCAGUCUGAUGUGCUGCAAGCGUGGUCAAACACACAGCCAGGUCGAGGUGAAGCGCAACUGCAACUGCAGCUUCAAGUGGUGCUGUGAGGUGACUUGCAGCACCUGCAUCGAUCUGCAGGAUGUGUACACCUGCAAGUGAGCUGAGAGGUGGAAGGCGCAUGUGGGUGUCGGGCGUCGAUCCAGGAACUGUCAAAGACUGAAACUGAAGCGAAGUGUUUUGUGGGUUGAUGAGCGAGUGAGCGAAAGCGUGAGCGGAAAAAAAACGAGAGCAUCGUGUGUACAUACCAGCCAGCCGACACCCAUUCAACUACUCUAAUGCUUUUCAUGUGAUCUACGGGGAGCACACACACACACACACCCAUACACCCGUGAAGCGAUUAUGAUAUUUAUUGUUAAGUGCCG